AUGCGUAAGAUCGACAUCAGACUCAUUCCAUGGCUGGCGCUGCUUUACUUGCUCAACUUCCUCGACAGAGGGAGUAUCGGAAAUGCAAGAUUGUACGGAAUGGAGACGUCUAUACAUAUUACGGACAGACAAUACCUCAUUGCUUUGACGGUCUUCUUCUUUCCGUACUCUCUGUUUGAACCUGCGACAAAUGUCGCGCUUAGGCUCAUGCGUCCAUCCUUGUUUCUAAGCGCAACGAUAUUCUUCUGGGGUGUUGUCAUGACUUUACACGGCGUCGCCUCUAAUUACGGUGGCCUCAUCGGGUUGCGAUUCGCGUUAGGUCUUGCUGAAGCAGGCCUUUACCCCGGCAUUGUCUUCUACCUCUCAUGCUGGUAUAAACGAAAUGAGCUUGGAAAGCGAGUUGCUUGGUUCUUUGCUUCCGCAACGGUCGCCGGUGCAUUCAGUGGUCUUCUGGCAGCCGGCAUUCAUAAUAUGGACGGCAUCGGUGGCAAGCCCGGCUGGGCAUGGAUCUUCAUACUCGAAGGUCUCGCCACCGUCAUCGUCGCAGUAUUGUCACCAUUUGUGCUCCAAGAUUUCCCUGAGAAUGCUAAGUUCCUCACCGAGACUGAACGCGUAUUCGUCGUCAGGAGAUUGCAAGCGGAUAUGCAGUUCAGCGCCGGUGGAGAAAAGUUCCACCUGAAGCAUGUGUGGUCUGCACUACAGGAUUGGAAGUCAUGGAUUGCGAUGGCGAUUUAUGCGGGAUUCGAUGGGCCACUAUUCGCCUUCUCGUUAUUCCUACCCACCAUCCUCAAUCAACUGGGAUUUGGAAGUACCGCGAGCAAUCUUCUGUCGGUACCCGUAUAUGCCGUGGCUUGCAUAGUCCAAUGUCUCGUCGGAUUCUUGGGUGACAGGUUCAACAACCGCAGAGGGUACAUCAACCUCGUCCUUUUCGGCUGUGGCCUUGUAGGAUAUGUCAUCCUGAUCGCAUCGCGGAAUGCGGCCUUGUCAUACUUCGCCACCUACCUCGCCGCAAUAGCAUGGGUGUCCGGAAAUGUUGAAGGUUCGUACAAACGGAGCGCCGUUCUCGGAAUGGCUAUCGGAUUCGGAAACCUCAACGGAGCCGUCACAUCCAACGUCUACCGCAGCCAAGACAAACCGUGGUACUCCCUCGGUCACGGCAUCGUUCUCGUCUACAUCGCCAUCGGCUUCCUAUCCUCCCUCGCCUACAUGAUCCUCCUCCGACGAGAAAACGCCGCACGGGACCGUGGGGAUCGGGACGAAGUCAUCAGCAGCGAGGAGGAUCUGAAGAGGAGGAGGAAUGGGGUGUUUGUGAGCGUGGAGGAGGCGAGGAGGGAGAAGGGCGAUUUGUGGAGCGGGUUUAGGUAUUCGCUUUGA